CUUGAACUUAAUUCCAGCCCUUGGAGUCAGUAGAUGAAAUCUGAAAUCUCUUCCACAAAAUAUCCAGAGACCGCCAAAGGGUGUGUGGAGUCUGGAAGCUGGCUAGUGCAGCCGUAGAGGAAAGCAGCCGAAACCUUUCCCAGAGCCCGCCGGGGACGCAAAGGCUCUGAGCGCCCACCUAUCGACCAUGGUGCGGGCGCCCUCCCAGCUGCUGCUGCUGCUAUUGCUGCCUCUGCUUCACCUCUCUGCGGCCACACCGGAGCCCUGCGAAAUAGACGAUGAGGAUAAACGCUGCGCCUGCAACUUCACGGGUCCGGAGCCCGAAUGGUCCAGCGCCUUACAGUGUCUAAGUGCCUUGGAGGUGGAGGUCCGUGGCGGCGGCCGCAGCCUGCAACAAUUUGUAAGGUUCGCCGACACCGACCCGAAGCAGUUUGCCGACAUGGUCAAGGCUCUGCGCUUGCGGCGACUCACGGUGGGCAAUGCACAGGUGCCGGCUCUGCUUCUGGCCGCGGUCCUGCGUGGGCUGGGACCCUCCCGCCUCAAGCACCUAACGCUCGAGGACUUGGAAGUAACCGGCACGAUGCCGCUGCCACCUCUGGAAGACAUUGGACCUGCGCUUUCCACCCUCACUGUCCGUAACGUGUCGUGGGCAACAGGCGGUGCCUGGCUGGCCGAACUGCAGCAGUGGCUCAAGCCGGGUCUCAAAGUACUGAACAUUGCGCAAGCACACUCGCUCGCCUUUCCCUGCGCAGACCUCCGCACCUUCACCUCCCUCACCACCCUGGACCUGUCUGACAAUCCUGGACUGGGCGAGCGCGGACUGACAGCCGCUCUCUGCCCGAACAAAUUCCCGGCUCUGCAGGAGCUAGUGCUACGCAAUGCGGGGAUGGAAACGCCAAGCGGCGUAUGCUCGGCGCUGGCGGCGGCAGGUGUGAAACCCCAGAGCUUAGACCUCAGCCACAACCCGCUGCGCGCCACGACACCGGGCGCUGCCCAGUGCACCUGGCCCAGCACACUGAGCUCUCUCAACCUGGCGUUCGCUGGCCUGGAGCAGGUGCCUAAAGGACUGCCGGCCGAGCUCAGAGAGCUUGAUCUCAGCCACAAUAGGCUGAAGAGGGCGCCGCAGCCAGAUGAGCUGCCCAAGGUGAGUACCCUGACAGUGAACGGGAAUCCCUUUCUGGACCCUGAUGCCGCCAAGCACCAAGGAAACCUGAUCUCCGGUGUGGUCCCAACCUCUGCGUGUACGACCCUGGCCUUGGGGAUAUCUGGAACUGUUGCGCUGCUCCGAGGAACUGGGGUCUUGGCCUAAGAGGGCCCAGGGGAGAAGAAUGGACGUCCUCAGGACGUCUCCACCAACCACUUUUCUGCCCAUCGUUAUUAAAAUCUUAAACAACAGUCCUUGUCAUUCACUUAACUGAUGCUUGCUGGGUAUCCGCUCUGUGCUGGGAACAAUGCUGGAUGGGGAAUCCAUUAUACUGAGAUUUUCCUCACUUCAACUCCUCAGAAACCAUAUCUGCUUAAGUAAAGAACUUCAGGGGCAGGAGACUCAGGGAAACGUUGUCUCUCUAGGACUGUGCGGAAGACACAAGGGGUUUCUGUGCAAUCUGUGCUUUUUGAGCAGAUUCCUGGUACCUGUGUUAAAGGGUAUUCGUAAACAUAACUAGGAAGAGACAGAAUGUUUCCUUUCAGGUGCAUUUUCUGCGAGCCAUUUGGUCUCUCAAAAACAAUAAAACCCACAGCCGUUUGCUUCCUCUCUCUCUCUCUCUCUCUCUCUCUCUCAGAGGAAGGACAGCUAUGCCAGCUGUCCAUCAUAAUCACUGAGUUGCAUAAUUUUAAGAGACCUCUCUUCUGCACACACUGGCACACUGGUUUCCAUUGUGUCAACUG